ACAGAACCUUCGAGGUCUGGAAGUUUUUGUCUCUCUUCAGGUCAUGUGAUGCUCUUCCGCGAGAAGACGAAUCUGCCCUCGCUUACAAGACGACGAAGCCUACUCAUCAACUUUUACGGCUUUGGAGGCGAUUGAGUGUGGUUGGGUUGUUCUCUGGUGGCCGGUGUGAAGAUGGGCUACUGGCGGCCGCAGUGGAGGUUGCUCGACUGCAGCGGACGGCAGGGUAGAGGAGCGGCGGUGGUUCAUUUGCUGCUGUGGUGCUGCAUUGUCGUUUCUGAGACGACCCAAAAUUCUCCAGGGAGCAGCAAAUCCAAGUCUUCUCUUGGGGUCCAGCUGAAGUUGCAGGACCGGGGGCAGAUGUUGAUAGACAACGGGCUUCUCCAAGUAAUUUUGUCGAUUCCGGAUGGAGAUGUCAUAGGCAUUUGGUAUAAUGGUAUCGAUAACUUGCUUGAAAUCCAGAAUGAAGAAAACAACAGAGGGUACUGGGAUGUUGUUUGGAACUGGCCUGGAGAGCCGAUCAAAUACGACAGGAUACAAGGAACAACGUACAAGAUCGUAACUCAGAAUGACGACCAAGUAGAGAUAUCGUUCGUCAGAAAAUGGAGUGUCUCGGCCAACCAGACUGUGGUUCCGCUGAACAUCGACAAGAGGUACAUAGUGCGGCGUGGAUGCUCGGGAUUUUACAAUUACGCCAUUUUCGAGCGCCCGGAAGGAUUGCGGGACAUCGAAAUGGACCAAGUCAGGAUCGUUUACAAGCUCCAGAAUGCAAAGUUUCAUUUCAUGGCUUUGUCGGAUGCUAGGCAGAGAGACAUGCCGAUGCCAGAGGACCGGAUCACGGGCCAGCCGCUGGCCUACCCGGAAGCAGUUCUACUGACCGAUCCAAUUAACCCGGAACUUAGAGGAGAGGUGGACGACAAGUACCAGUACUCAUGCGAGAACCAGUACAACAGAGUGCACGGAUGGAUCUGCGGGGAUCCGCCGGUGGGCUUCUGGAUGAUCACGCCCAGUAACGAGUUCCGCACCGCUGGGCCCAUCAAGCAGGACCUCACUUCCCACGUCGGCCCAAUCACCCUCUCCAUGUUUGUGAGCACUCACUAUGCUGGGAAAGAAGUGGGCAUGAAGUUCAGAGAUGGAGAGCCUUGGAAGAAGGUGUUUGGCCCUGUUCUGGUCUAUCUCAACUCUGUUUUACCAGAGGAAGACUUGGGCAAUCUCUGGCAAAAUGCCAAAGAGCAGAUGUACGUAGAGUCGGACACCUGGCCGUACAGUUUCACAGAGUCGGAGGAUUUCCCUUCGUCGGAGGAGCGAGGAAUGGUCGUUGGCCAGUUACUUGUUCGCGACAGAUAUAUAACUGAGAAAUACUUGUGGGGAGGCUUUGCCUAUGUUGGCCUAGCAUCGCCUGGUGAGGUCGGGUCGUGGCAAAGGGAGAACAAGGGUUAUCAGUUUUGGUGUAGAGCAGACAGAAAGGGAAAUUUCAUAAUCAACAACAUUCGAGCCGGCGAUUACAACUUAUAUGGAUGGGUUCCUGGUAUUAUAGGAGACUACAAGUAUGAAGGCAAUGUCACUAUCACACCAGGUUCCGCAAUCAACUUGGGGAUUCUUGUCUACAGGCCGCCGAGACACGGCCCUACUCUGUGGGAAAUAGGCGUCCCUGACCGCACGGCUUCGGAGUUCUACGUGCCCGAACCUUACCCAACCCUCAUGAAUAAUCUGUACUCUAAGAACAACCAAUACAGAUUUAGGCAAUACGGUUUGUGGGAGCGAUAUGCAGACUUAUACCCCCGAGAUGAUCUCGUCUUUCAUGUGGGCGUUGAUGAUCAUCGUAAAGAUUGGUUCUUUGCCCAGGUCACCAGGAAUUUGUAUAACUACACAUUCACAGCGACGACAUGGCAGAUUGUGUUUGAACUCGAGACAGUGAAAGAGACCGCCGGUUACGUCCUCCAAUUGGCCUUGGCAUCAGUUACUGAAUCUGACUUGCAGGUACGGUUCAACGACCCGAGCAUUGAGGCCCCGCACUUCGCCACAGGGAGAAUCGGACAGGACAAUGCGAUAGCGAGACAUGGCAUUCAUGGGUUAUACUGGUUGUACAGCAUUCCGGUGCUGAGCUCGCGACUUCGGAGCGGAAACAACAUCAUCUUUUUGACUCAGGCCUUGGCCAUAAACCCUUAUCAAGGAGUCAUGUACGAUUACAUUCGCCUCGAAGGGCCUCCGGAGUUGUGAAUAGAGAUAGUCUUCCAAGUUACAAAGUACUAGCAUUAAAAGGAAGUGUCGAUAUUGGCUUCACACACUUUGGAUUGUAUAGCAUUGAGCAUUUCUCAGCUUAG